CCACAGAUCACAAAUCCGGAGACAAACAUAACCUAAAAAUUAGAAUAAAGCAGAUUUGUUUUUCGUGUUGUUUGCUGUUGUUGGCUUUUUUCUGGUCGGUGGUUGUUUGUAGUAUUGGAUUUCUAUAAAUCCUUUAGAGUCUAUAAAAAAUAAAGAAAUGGCUUCUAAAGAAGGUGACAAGAAUAAAACGUCUCAAGGCCCCGGGGAUAAUAAAGAAAAACGCAGAAAAGAAUCCAUCUUAGACCUUAGUAAAUAUCUAGAAAAGAGUAUACGCGUAAAAUUCGCCGGCGGUCGAGAAGCGGCCGGUAUACUGAAGGGAUAUGAUCCACUUUUAAAUUUGGUACUGGAUAAUACUACAGAAUAUCUCAGAGAUCCAGAUGACCCUUACAAAUUACUAGACAAUACCAGGGCGCUAGGCCUAGUUGUAUGCAGAGGUACAUCUGUUGUGCUCAUUUGCCCCAUGGAUGGAAUGGAGGCAAUACCAAACCCUUUCAUCACCCAGGAGGGGUAGCUGUGUAUAACUUUAUUAUUUUUUAUAUCUUAGUAUUUAAGAUAGAGGAUAAGUAAACAUUAAGGCUCAUAA